AUGGGCGAAGUCGAAGUUCCAUUGGGCCUUGCUGUACCUCCACACACCCCACAUGCGAUCUCGGUUUCGCUUCCGACUUGGAGGGAUAAUGUCGGGUACGAAGAGGGCGAAAAAAGAGUGGUGGACAGCAUGGUAUCAGGCUACCCAAGGUUCUUCAUUCACCUGAGUAUCAGGAAGCUUGCUUCAAUGUGCGAGCAGAAAUAUGCCGUCGGAAAUGAGAAAUGCAUGCUCUUCCCUACAAAAAAAAUCGCAGAAGAGUGUCGUUCCUUUAUCCAACAUCGCACGGCUCUUGCCGGUUCGCCGGUUAACGCACGUCUCGUACACCUCUUUAUCUGUCCGGAAGACAAGCAAGACGGCACGAAAAUCGACAAAUCCAGCAUCGCUGGCUCCUGUGCCGACCUUCAUAUCGUUCUCUUCCCUGAGACCGUCUUCCCUAUCGCCAAGGAGGUCUGGCAGCACACCGGUUUGGGCAUUUCCAGUCGUUUAGCUGAGAAGUGUAUUGCGUUACUCGCCAAGGAUGUACCAGAGGUCCAACGUCCAACGAGCCCGAUCUCUCGCUAUGCUGCGAAGGGUCAUAACAGGCACUACUCGGCGGUCAAGAAUUCCAACCCUCCUGUGCCCACCCAGCCAGUGGGAGAAGAUCUCAGUCCGGACCAUUCCAUAUAUCUCGAAGAACGUUACGGACGAAACCUUCCGCUAGAUGCGGCCUCUUUCGCCAAACGCGUCUUGCGUUCCAGGGUCGCUGGCGUCUUGAUCAAGGACAACAUCCAUGAGUAUCAAUCCAAUCCCUGCUCGUCGCAGAAAGAACUCGUCGUUGGUCCCAGCACACGAGGAAUUACGGACGUCGCUGCGGAUGACGUUUAUCUUUACCCGACCGGCAUGUCUGCGAUUUGGAGUGCCCAUAACAUUGCUCUGGCUGUCCUGCCACCUGCAAAGAGUGUGUGUUUCGGCUUCCCAUACACCGAUACCCUUAAGAUACUUCAGAAGUGGGGCCCUGGAUGCCACUUCCUCGGAUUUGGACUAGACAGCGACAUCGACGAGCUCGAGCAGAUCCUCGAAGCCGAGUCCAAGCGAGAUCCGAAUACGCCUCCUAUCCUUGCUCUCUUCGCAGAGUUCCCUUCGAAUCCCUUGCUUCGGUCCGCGAACCUGCCUCGCCUUCGUGGUUUAGCUGACAAGUAUGACUUCCUUAUCGUGAUCGACGAGACCAUUGGCAACUUCGUCAACGUCAAAGUCCUUCAAUACGCGGAUAUUGUGGUCAGCAGCUUGACGAAAGUCUUUAGUGGCGCAUCCAACGUCAUGGGUGGAAGUUUAACACUCAACCCGAAAGGCCGGCACUACACCACCCUGAAGAACUAUCUCAAGGACAACUUUGAAGACGUCUACUUUGGCGAAGACGCCAUCUACAUGGAACGCAACUCUCGCGAUUUCAAGCGCCGCAUCCGGGUCAUCGACGCCAAUGCUCAAGCGGCCUGUGAGUUCCUGCGCUGCAGGUCUCUCGCUGGAGGCGCGCGGUCACCUGCGAUCAAGGAGGUCUUCUAUCCCAAGUACAUCACGAGAGAGAACUACGACUUCUGCCGCAUCAAGGACGUCGACCCAGAGGACGGCGAGGAUGGCGGAUAUGGCGGUCUUUUCUCGCUGACGUUCACGUCGGUGGCGGCCUCCAAGGCGUUCUUCGAUGCACUACCGUGUUACAAGGGACCUAGUCUCGGCACCAACUUCACGCUGGCGUGUCCGUUUACGAUCCUGGCUCACUUCGGCGAACUGGAUUGGGCGGCUCAGUAUGGUGUGGAGGAAGGCCUCGUCAGGAUCAGCGUGGGCAUGGAGGAAACGGAUGCCCUGCUUCGCUCCUUUGAAACUGCUCUGAAGGCAGCUGAAGCCGUGUUGUAA